AUGUCAUCAAUAGACUGGAGCAACAGGAAGACUCCAUCGCAUGAGCCCGGUCGCAGCGGCUCCCCACGCAUGGCAGGAUGUCGUCCCCGCAUCCCGUUCCUCAUUCCCGAUGAUAUGCCCGAAGCACCCGAGCCUGUCUGGAGGUGGCCCGAGGAGAUGGGACGGGGACACAGCUACUGUGCAAAGCGGCCAGCAGCAUUAGUCAAGGUCCACAAAUCCGAGUUGAAUACACAUCGGCCGUCAAAAACCAUCGUCAAUCCAGCUGGUGUAUUCGAAAUUGCCGACACCUCGACCAAGCGAUGCACCCUCGACACCGAAACUCAGGACACGAUCCGCUCGGAGCUGGAUCGCUUUCGUGACGCCUCGUUGCGAAACCUAGUGCUGGUCUCGGAAAAGCCCAGUGUAACAGAGGGUCAAGUGAGGCGCCAGAGCAGUCCGGAGAGAGAGCCCAUCGAGAUCGACAGCAAGUUCAGGCCAGUACUCCUCAAAAUGCCAGCGAUCGAGAACAAUGAUCUCAAGCCCGACCGGCAGCUUCAUUUUGCACGCUUGCACCCGAUCGCGGCUGGUCUUCUUGCAGAGAUGUGCAUGUCAUUGAUCGAGUUUUCCUUCGGCGAGACAGACGGCGAUGUGCGGUUCGGCAAGGACGGUGCCCUGAUCUACACAACAUUUCAGAAGGAUGUGGCACUUCACACAUCGAUCUUCCUGCAAAACCCCGAGGGUCGCGAGAUUUGGAAGGUUUCCGAAAGAUCCGGUAGUGUCGGAUUCGAUGUCUUUGCCAAGAUGAAGAACGGAGACUGGAAGCUGCGUGGAACAAUCGAUCGAAGUUCGGGCACCUCCUUUGCCCGACUUGAUAUCAAAUGCAAAGGUGCCAGCCUCGCACUCAUCGCUUCCUGGCACUACAGGAAAUGGCGAUAA